AUGAAACUGAUCGAGGUGGAGUUCCCUGACGGAGGAGUGUCCUCGGGUGAAGCAAACUGGGCGCUGAUCUUUGAUUCCCUCACUCUCUCCUUGCAGGCUCUCGGGGGCACCAUGAAUCUCUGGGACAUCCGGGCCAGCGACCUGGACAGCUACAUCAAGACGCAUCUCUCGCCCGACACCACUUUCCAGACAGAAGUCCGCAGUGCCAUCCACACCAUCUCCAACUUAAAGGACAGAUGUUUCAGAGACAGCUGGAAGUCCGUUCGGAUCACCAAGAUUGUGAGGGGAGGUUCAUCUGGCAAAAGCACACCCCUGAGAGAUGGCUCCAAGAUAAAUCUCGUAGUAUUUCUCAGCGGGCUCCGAAGCUACCAGGACCAGAUAGACCACCGAGGAGAGUUCAUUGAGGAAAUCAAGACACAGUUGGAAGAAUGUGAGCUUGAGCAAGAGUGGACAUUUGCAGUAAAAUUCAACGUCAAUAAGCCAACCAAUCCUCAAGUUCUCAGCUUCUCCAUGAAGUCCAAUAAUAUAAGUCAGUGGAUGGACUUCCAUGUACUUCCAGCCUUUGAUGUUCUAGGUGAAAUAAACAGAGAUUUAAAGAAACCUGACCCGCACAUCUACAUUGAUCUCAUAAGGGAAUCCCAGGCAGGGGGAGAAUUCUUCAUCUGCUUCACAGAACUACAAAAUCAGUUCUUCAGCCAGCGUUGCAACAAACUCAAAAAUCUGAUCCGAUUGGUGAAACACUGGUACAAAAUGUGCCAGGAGAAAAUGGAUUCACUCCCUCCUCAGUAUGCUCUGGAGCUUCUGACUAUCUAUGCCUGGGAACAUGGGAGCCAGGAAAUUAAUUUCUCCACAGCUCGUGGCUUCCAGACAGUCCUGUAUCUGAUCCAGAAGUACCAAGAGCUCAUGAUCUAUUGGACCAUCAACUAUGACACUCAAAAUGAGACCAUUGCCAGUUAUCUUUGUUGUCAGCUCCAGAAGCACAGGCCAGUGAUCCUAGACCCAGCUGACCCAACUAAUGAUGUAGGGGGUGGAAGCAGAUGGCGCUGGGACAAGCUGGCUCAAAAAGCUCAACUAUGGUCAUCUGCUUCCUGCUUGCAAAACUGUGAUGGCAGUUGGGUUCAGCCAUGGAGAAUACCGGUGGAGCAAACUCUGGAAGCCAGCAAAGACUUGAACCUCAUGUACAAUCCGUAGCAGAAUGAAUCCUACUUUAUUUGCAAUGCUUAAGGCCCUGCAAUCAUCCCCUGUUUAGAACAGACCAGUGUUAUUUUCUGCCUCUGAAAUGUGUUUUUGGAUUGGUGGAGAGAAUGCCAGUGAGGAUGCAACAUGGACAUCAGGAGGCACACGUUCUUCCUUCUUUCUUCAUGAGAGACAUAUGUAGUUCCAAACUUUGUUUGAGGAGAAACCCUUGGAGAAAGAGAGAAGACUUCAGAAGUGACAGAUAUGUAGGUGGGACUUUUCUACAGUGAGGCGAUUAAGGCCAGUUCCAAUGGUCUUUUGAUGGAGAGAACCAUCUGCACCCAGAAAGAGGACUGGGGAGCUGGGUGUAGAGUACGAUAUAGUAUUUUCACUUUUUUGUUUUUGUUGUUUCCUUGUGCUUUGUUUUCUUUCUCAUUUUAAUCUUUUUUGAUCUUUUUUUUUUUUGUGUGUGUGUGUGUGUAGCAUGAUAAUUGUAGAAAUAUGUAUAGAAGAAUUGCAUGUUUUUUUUUUUAAAGAAUUCAUCUCCUGGGCAUGUAACAAAAAUUAGAAAAACAACAUUAAAAUCCCCAAAUAAAUACCAGAAUCAAAAUACUGAAAAUCAAAGGAGAGAUUAAUAAAAUUGAAAGUAAGAAAACUAUUGAACUAAUAAAUGUCACUAGUAGUUUGUUUUAUGAAAAAGUGAAUAUGAUAAACCAUAUGUUAAUACUUGAUUUUUUUAAAAGGAAGAAAAUCCAAUAACCAGUAUCAAAAAUGAAAAGAGUGAUUUCACCACUAAUGAAGAGAAAACUAAAGCAAUCAUUAGGAGUUAUGUUGGCCAAUUAUAUGCCAAUUAAUCUGGCAAUUUAAGCAUAAUGGAUGGAUUUUUAUAAAAAUAUGAAUUGGCUAGAUUAACAGAAAAGAAAAUAGAAUGCAUAAACAAAUUCAUCUUAGAAAAAGAAAUGAAACAAGCCAUCAAUGAGCUCCUUCUUUCAAACAUUUACAGAACAGUCAAUUCCAAUACCAUAUCAAUCAUUUGGGAAAAUAGGCAACAAAGGAGUCUUAUGAAAUUAUUUUUAUGACAUAAGUAUGGUGCUGAUACCUAACCCAGAAAAAGUGAAAACUAAAAAAAAAAAAAAAAAAAAACCACCACCAGAGACCAAUUUCUCUAAUAUUGAUGCAAAAGAUAUAAUAGCAAUAUAUCACAAAAAUAUCACUAUGACCAAAAAGGAUUUAUACAAAGAAUACAGGGGUAAUUCAAUAUUUGGAAAACUAUCAGAUAACUGAUCACAUCAGUAAAAGAAAAUAAAAAUUAUGUGAUUAUCUCAGUAGAUGCAGAAAAAUAUUUUGAUAAAAUACAACAUUAAUUUGCUAUUAAAAGCAUUAGAGAGCAUAGGAAUAAAUGAAGUUUUCCUUAAAAAUGAUAAGUAGUAUCUGUCUAACACCAUUUGCAAGUACAAUUUGUAAUGAAGAUGAUCUAGAAGCAUUAUUGGUAAGAUCAGGAGUGAAACAAGAAUAUCCAUUAUCACCAGUAUUAUUCAAUAUUGUACCAAAAAUGCUAAUACUAGUUAUAAGAAAAGACAAAUGGAAGGAAUUAGAAUGAGCAAUUAACUAACAAAACUAUCCCUUUUUUGCAGAUGCUAUGAUGGUAUGCUUGUAAAAUUCUACAAAUUCAACUAAAAAUUUAAUUGAAGCAAUUAAUGUUAGGAAAGAAGUGAAAUAUAAAAUAAACCUACAUAAAUCAUCAGGAUUUCUUAUAUAUCACCAACAAUGAGCCAGUAAGAUAUUUCUUAUUUAAAAUAAUCAUAGACAAUAUAGAAUGCCUGGAAUAUGCCUUCUGGGACAAACCCAGGAACUAUAUGAACAUAAUUAUAAAAUACUUUUAUGCAAAUAAAGCCAGGUUUAAAUAAUUGGAAAAAUAUUAAUUGUUCAUGGGUGGGCUGAAUCAACAUAAUACAAAUGACAAUUCUACAUAAAUCAGUAUCCUCUCAAUUAAAACAAACUAUUUUAUGGAGCUAGAAAAAUAACAAAAUUCAUUUGGAAGCAAAAGAGCAAAAAUAUCAGAGAAAUUAGUGAAAAAAUGCAAAGAAAAGAGGUCUAACAAUAUCAGAUCUCAAACUACUUUAAAGUGAUAAUUAUCAAAACUAUUUGGUACUAGCUAAGAAAUAGAAAUGUAGAUCAGUGGAAUGGAGUGGAUAUACAAUACACAUUAGAAAAUUAUUAUAGUAACUUUGUGUUUAAUAAAUGUAAAGAUUUAAGUUUUAGAGAUAAGCAUUCACCAUUGGUUAAAAAAAAAUUGGGAAAAGUGGAUAGCAGCAUGGAAGAAACUAGAUGUGGUCAAAUGUCUUAUACCAUUUACCAAGAUAAGGUCACAGUGGAUAUGUGACCAAGACAUAAAGGAAGAUAUCAUAAAUAAAUUAGAAGAACUGGGGACUGAUUACCUAUUAGAUUUAGGGAAAGAAGAACUUAUUAAUCAAGAGCUAGAAAAAAUUAUGAAAUGAAAAAUAUAAAAUUUUGACUACAUUAAAAUUUCAAAAAGUUUUCGUACACAUAAAACCAAUGUAGCCAAGAUUAGAAAGAAAGAAGAAAAUUUGGGGAAAAUUUUUAUAGACAUUUUGGAAAAUAAUCUAAAAUCAUGCCCCAUAACACUAUUUGAUCUGUUUCUCAAGGUGAUUCAGGUGGCUGAAUAAGUUGUCGUAUGUGACUAUGAUAAAUUACUACAGUGUUAUGAGAAAUGGUGAACAGACUGCUUUUAGAUUAAUAUAAAAAGACUUGCAUGAGAUAACGAAUAGUAAAAUGUGAAGAACUAAGACAACACUGUAUAUACAGUGAUGUAUAACAGUGAUAAUGUUUGAAGAGUAGGUGUGAAUGACUAAACUAUUUUGAAUAAUAUGACUAUGCAAAUCAACUACAAAGGAGCUAUAAAAGAAAAUACUAUCUACCUCCAGAAGAAAUAUAUAUGACAAAUGUUGACCUUCUCUAGUGUGGGAUUGGGAAGAACGAGGGAGAUAGCUCAGAGCUCAAAAUGUAACCAAAAAUAAAUAAAUGAUUCAUUUCCUACCUAUAGCUGUAAAAGGUAUAUGAUUUAUUUCUCUUCUAGGCUUUUUUGGUAUUGUCUUCAGUAUUGAAGUCAAAUAUCUCCUUUGGGCUUAUUAUUCAAUGUGGCAUAAAAUGCUGCUCUAAGCCUUAUU